GACCGGUGCAGUCGGUCAUCCACAAGUUUUUACCUCUUUAUCAAAAUGCUUCCAGGAGCAAAAUGUUUCUCGGACCUGACUUUUUCCAGCAGAAACCGCUUCUGCGCUUCUCCGUGUGCCUCCGGCUCCUCCCGGUGAGGAGCAGCAGGGCAGUGCGCUCGGCUGAGCAGUGCCGGAGAAAACACAGCGUGGAGAAGAAGAAGAAGAGUUUAGCAGACGCAGGACCGAAGGACCUGGAACUUCUGAGACUCUUUCGGGAGUUUGUAUAAACCUCUGUUGGCUUUUCACAUCACAGGUGUGACUUCUGUGGAUUUGGACGUGGGUGGCUUUUCUCUCUUGAAUCGAGUAAAAGUUUGUGGAGCAGAGCUUUGGCUUUAGAACAGUGAUGUGAGCUUUUAAGUCACCAACACUCGUUCGUGCUUCUGUUGGUUUCUGGUCCACUUACACUCCCCGUGCAGUCAGAGCCGCCGUGCCCGCAGCGUUGGUCUCCUGGUGUGGCUGCGCUGCAGCGUCCUGCCUGCACUUCUGAUCUCACUCAUGUGUUUUAGCCUCAUUAUGUAAACGCACUGAUUUUCCUAUCAUUCAAAUGAGCAGCAUGAACUCCGUGUAAACUUCCUCAGUCCGCGUCGGUUUCAGCGCUCAUAGCUGCACUCACUGAGUUAGUUCUCAGCUGGAUAACAGUGCAGGAGUUCAGCCUCUGCUGGAUGUGCGGUGUGUCGGUCACCUCCACUCUGCCGCUGUGGUCUGGACUGAGCGGAAGCGCAACAAGCACCUGCAGGGCCGCAGCACUGGCCCCAGCCCCAUUACUGCAGUAUGGGCAACUUCUCCACCAAGGACAGCCACGGACCCACAGGGGCUCAAGCAGACAGUUUCCACACCCCACCAACCACUCCACAGAGUGAUGGUGCUGCUUUCACAGCCGGAGCUCCCCGGCUUCAACCUUCCUCUGCGAUCUCAGUUUCCUCUCUACCUCUGGUACCGGUCACUGGGCCCACUGGGAGGAAGUCGCAGCAUGGCUCGCCGACUACUCCCGGCGCUCGCAGCCCCGCUCUUGACUGUAGGCCUCAUCCACCAGUCGGUUCAAACAGCUCCACGGUUAGCUCUGGAGUUAACCCUGUGCACACCAAGCCAGGAGGUGCUGUGGCAGUGAGUGAGAAAGCUGCCAGGGGGAGGAAUGGAGGCCCUCCUACUUCCACACCAAGGGUUCCUGUCACCCCAGAGAAGAGUGUGGCUGUCAGCCCCAUAAAGAGCCCUUCUCUGUGCGGUGCCUCACCUGUGGCGGGCAGCUCUGUGGGGCCGAACUCGAGAGAGAGUGACAGCGGUCUGAGUCAGUCUUUGCCGCAGUGUCGAGAAACGAGAGACGGCCAAAGCGAGGAACUGGAGAAGCUGUUGGAGGAGUGUAGGAUGACUCUGGCUAUCACUGCCAGUGAAGACGGGAGCAUUAGCACAGCAGAGAUACUGAAGCAUCUGCUGACAGAAGUGAAGAGUUUGAAGAGCACAUUAGAGUCAGAGCGCGGGGAAUGGCUGCAGUUCCAGGCUGACCUCCAGGUGGCGGUGUCAGUGGCAGACCGCCUGAGAGCUGAGGCAGAAGAGGAGCUGACGGCUCUCCAAACAGAUCACAAAGACACUGAGAGGGAGCUGGCUGCUGCCCGGCAGAGACAGAAGGAGGCUGACAUACAGCUGGUUACUCUGAGAGAGGAGCUGAAGGAGAGCAUGCAAAAGCUGGCUAAUGUCACCCAGGUCCAAGGCAAAACUGAAGCUCAGGCAUCCUGCCGUGAACCUGAGAGGCCAAAUGGAGAGUCCAACAAGUCUGAGAACAAGGAAGGAAGCCACAGAGGCAGGGAGAGGGGGGUGUACAGGCUGGAAAGUAGGAGUCAGAAUGAAGCCGUGAAGAAUGUUGAUGAAGAGGCGAAAACAGACUGUAAAGGUGUGGCUAAGCGUUACCUGAGAAAUGUGACCAAUGAGGACAGGAGUGGAGAGGGGGUUCGACCCAGUGAAACACGAAGGAUGGUGACUGCAGAGAGGUCGAGAAGCCUGUCCAGAUUACCCAGUUCCUCUGAGUCUGAGAGCACGCUGAAUGGAUCCUCCCAGUCCAAUCCUGCUGCGACAGCUGGGCCCACAAAUAAGUUUUUGCAAUUAAGAGAUCGAAAUCUGGAGUGGCCAGACGGCAGGUCGAGUAACAACGCAGGAAAACGUGAGGAGUCUUUAAACAAGUAUAAUUCAGCCCUCGCUGAGUUGCCACCCACCAAGUCCCAGGAUGGCUUCAACCUGCUGCUGCGUCGCCACGGAGGCUCCAAGAGAAACUCGCUGCUCCGCUGGUGUCAGAGUCGAACCCAAGGCUACAAGAACAUCGACAUUACCAACUUCAGCAGCAGCUGGGCCGAUGGGCUCGCGUUCUGUGCCGUCUACCACACCUACCUCCCCUCACACGUCCCCUACAGCAGCCUGAGUCCUGAGAACAAGAAGGAGAAUCUCAGUUUAGCAUUCAAAACAGGAGAGAGUGUUGGGAUCGCCCAGUCUCUGACGGUAGAGGAGAUGCUGAGAGCAGGCGGUCCCGACUGGCAGCGGGUUCUGAGCUACGUGGAGAGCAUGUACCGCCACUUUGAGAUGUAACCGCCAGCGGUGCUGUCAAACAGCCCGGCCACAGAGGAUAUUUAAGAUCUCUGAAAGAAGCUCCUGUUUAUAAUAAUCGUUCCCUGAAUGCUGCUUUUGGUGGGUGGUUAAACGUGGAUUUAAAGCUACACUUUGUUACUGAAAUCAUCUCAGAAGCAGCAGUGACGGGGCCAAAAAGCCUGUAACCAAAAGAUGCAAGCACAGAUGGACCCAAGCUGUGUGGACUCUGGUCAUUUCUGUUCUGCAGACGUUCCACAUUUUAGCUUUUAAAGUGGAUAUUAUUGUGAGCACCGUGUAGAAAUCCCCAUUACAUGGAACCUUUUUUAGCACCCUUCUGUGGAAAGCGUGUGUGCAAGCUGAGUUGCUGUAAAUGUCUCCACACUGGUACUUUACUGUCCAAAGUACUGUAUUAGAUUAUGUCCUCCACCAAAUCUGCAACUUUUUGCUUUUAUAUGUGACGCUUUGUAAGGGUUCCACACCUUUCUGGACCUUUUUAGCACUGUGUAAAUACACGAUUUCUGUCAGCACUGUGUUGAUGUCAGAAUGUAACAGUAGUCCUGUAAAGGCUGUGUAGGGAUUCAGCUGCAAGGCCUCAUCCAGGCAGAUAGUUUGUUUCUGAGUAACCGUCGGCGUUUCCUCACAGACAGAAAAAACACGCAGCUUGAUCAAAAAUUCAAAGUGCUUCCAUGUUGUUUCAGAGCCGGUGCUGUUACGUCUCUCAGGGAUGUGCCUUACAAAAGCAAAUACAAGCCCACACAAGCUUGCACAUCCGGUUUCAACACCACCUCAUCUCAUACCUCCAUCCUCGCUGAUGCACAGCUGGUAUUUUUAAGACAUGUUGGAAACUGUUGCCAAAGUUGUACGCGCCAUAAUUAAUCAAAUGCUCCUCACAUUGUAAAGUAUGUUUGUAUGUAACUAGUGUGAAAAAUGAUGCCAAAGAAAUAAACUG